AUGGCAGGAGAGCAAUUAUACGCGUUUGAGCAAAGUUUUUCCUUCAGUCCUCUUUCCUCCAAGAAGUUUUCUUUCCUGCAGGACAAGGACAUUUUAACUCUGCUAAUGAAAUGGUCCAUGCUUGGGAGGAUUUCAGCUCAGACUUUCAGCUUUGACCAGAGUUUUUACCCUUACAACAGUGAAAGGUUUGCACUGUGUUUUUUCAGAGACCCAAAUGUGGUUUCCAGUCUGAGAAAGAUGGAGACAGGAGCCUGGGUGCCUCUCGAAAAGCCGGCGGUGUCUGUUGAUGUGGAGGUUGUGCCAUGCACUAAGGUCUCCAUGGAGCUAUUUGACCCAAUCUACUCUUGUGGUGUCCUGAGGCCUUCUGGACAUGUAGUUAAAUGCUUCCAUGACGUCUACCCUGACUAUGAUGAACUCAGACAGAUGCUGCAGGAAGAAGACUCUGAGCACUAUCAUGUGAUUGGGAGAGCUGAGCGAGAGGAGUUUCUGUUACGCCUGUUCAAGCACCUGUGUCUAGGGGGAGAGCUAUGUCAGUACGAGGACACCAUUGAUCCUUAUAUCAGCACCACAAAGCACAUUUACAAAGACCUAAUCAGUGUACAGAAGGAUCCAGAGACAAAGAAGAUCAGUGUUGUAUCCACAGUGCUCAAAGUCUAUGCCCAGGAUGAGUCUGGAAGAUGUUACCCUGGGAGAUGGGAUGAGGAGCAGACAUUUGCCUAUAUGAUUGUCCACCCCUACAAACGACAUGUGACUUUGUUAUACCACAGUUAUGGUGUUGGAAGCGUCACAUUUUGA